AGCCGGAAGUGCUCCUGACAGAUCGAUACCUGGAUAUUGGAUCUGUGUGAGGGUUCAGGGUUUGAGGGUUUAGGGUGUAGAUCGGGAUUGGGCUCUAGUGUCCGGAUUUCGACAGAUUUCCUGCUUUCUCUCAGCUGCUGGGAUGGACAGGACAGACCUGCGGGACGGCCCGGGGGACAGCCCGGGGGACGGCCCGCGGACAGAGUUCCUGUACUGCUGUGGAGCCGUCACGGAGGUGCUGAAAUGUGGCCCCUCCCACCUACAACCUGAACACACAGUUCUGUUUCUCAUCAUCCCGGGUAACCCCGGCCUGGUGGGCUUCUACAGAACCUUCAUGCAGGCGCUGUACGGCCUGCUGGGAGCCCGGUACCCUGUGUGGGCCGUCAGCCACGCCGGCCACUGUGCACCGCCCGAGUCCAUGGACAUGGUGGAAGACGCCUCGGCCGCCGUGGAGGACGUGUUCGGCCUGGACGGACAGAUCCAGCACAAGCUUACCUUCGUCAGGACCAGCGUCCCCAGAGGAACCGCCCUGGUCCUGGUGGGACACUCCAUCGGCUGCUACGUGAUCCUGGAGAUGAUGAGGAGGAGUCCUGAGCUCAGGGUGCUGCGGGCCGUCCUGCUGUUCCCCACCAUCGAGCGGAUGGCCCAGACCCCCCAGGGCCGGGUGAUGACGCCGGUGCUGUGUCAGCUGCGGUACCUGGCCUACCUGCCCGUCUUCCUGCUCUCUCUGCUGCCAGAGACGGCCCGGGCCGCUCUGAUCAGACUGCUGUUCAGCGGGAUUCCCUCCCUGGACCGGAGCAUCGUCCAGCCCACGGUGGAGCUGCUCAGUGGAGACUGUGCCGCCAAUUCCAUGUACCUGGGGGGUCAGGAGAUGAGGACCGUCCUUGAGAGAGACAAUCCAACCAUCAGGAAACACCUGGACAAGCUCUUAUUCUACUACGGAGCGACGGACCACUGGUGUCCUGUGAAGUAUUUCCAGGACAUGAAGCAGGACUUCCCUCACGGAGACGUCAGACUGUGUGAGAAAGGUUUCCGGCACGCGUUCGUCCUGGACUCGGCCCAGCAAGUCGCCAAGCUGCUGGUGGAAUGGAUUCAUGGGGCCUUAAACACAUAAGCUCUGUCAACCAACUUCCACUUCUCCAGGAAAGGCUGGAAGUUUUCAAAAAUGAAGCAAAAAAAAAAGAAAUGUAUUUGAUAUAAUUUCCUAAUUUAACAGCUAUGACUUCAAAGAACCUGAUUUUGCCAGUCAUAAUUACGCGCGUGCGUAAUUAUUAAAUGUGCAAACAUCUCCUCCAUGAAGUUUGCAGUUUUUUUAAUCAAGAUUCUGAUUUUUGAUGACUGAUGGAACGUGCCAGACAGGGCUGAGCUUUUGCUGGAAGUUCUUGUAGAUCCAGCCAUGACACCCCCACCAGUUCCUUUGCUGAUCUGAGGGCGAAGGAGCCCCAGACGGGAUAUAGAGCUGGUAAUCCCUCUGACAUCAUCCACAGGUUCUCUAAGGUUAGAGCAUGUUGUUGGGAUUAAAGGGACAGCUCUACGUUGGUUUAAAUCAUAUCUAUCUGACAGGUUCCAGUUUGUUCAUGUACAUGAGGUUUCUUCAGAACAGUCAAGGGUCUGUUAUGGUGUUCCGCAGGGUUCAGUGCUAGGUCCAAUCUUGUUCAGUUUAUACAUGCAGCCAUUGGGAAGUAUAAUCCAGAAUCACGGCAUACACUUUCAUUGUUAUGCUGAUGAUACGCAGCUCUAUUUGUCUAUGAAGCCGGAUGAAACAGAACUUCUGCUUCAGUCCUGAUGAGGUCACAAGGGGGCGGAGCCUGUCGGAGGGGGCAGAGUCUGUCACUGCUACUAAAAACAGCAAUAUAUUAAAUUAACAUAAAAAAUCAGAACGGAUCAAUUCAGUUUUCUUCAUAUAGUGUCUAUUACAACACAAGUUGGAUCUUUCCAGGGACCAGAACAUGACCCCCGAAAAACCCCUGAAGACUUCAAAACUGUCAAAACCUGUUGGAAUAUGAUGAAUAUGACUAAACUUAUUAAGUGUCUUCUACAGACGUGCAAAGAAGCGUUACCUCAAGCAUCCGCACAUUUUUAUGAGAAUAGGAUUUUAAAUGAUAUCAGACUUUCUGUUCUAAAUGAGGCAGUAAAAGUAAAGGUUUGUGAUGGUGAUGAGGAGUGGUAGUCUGGUCUUGGUUCAAGCCCCAGAAUGGUAACCAUGGUAACCAGGAUGAAGCCAGGCCCUUCACCCUAACUGCUCCCCGGGUGAAAUGGUGUGUUUGUUCUCUCAGAUGACAGUAGUAGUACAUUUGUCUUUAGUUUGUAAUAAAUGUUUGGUGGUAUAGAUGUGGUUGUCCAGCUCACGGUAACUCUUGAAUAAACGUCUUCAGAACCGAGAACAGGAACUGCAGCUGCCACGGCUGUAACACCCUCCUCUGAGAGCUCAGUGUGCCCCCAGAGGUGAAGACCCUGGACCAGAACCGGGUUAUACUGCAAACACAUCCAACCAAACACUGCACUGGUUCACUUUCACAACCACAGUCUUCAGUAAUCAAACAAUGGAAGUGAUGACAACACUUUUAAUAAAUGUUUAUGGUGUUAAUGUUGAGGUCCAGCAGCCUUUGACCGCACCCUCAUGAACUAUCUGGUUUCUGCUUGCAGCACCUGGAAAUGUACUUAUUAUUCCUAUUUUAUAAUUGUAUAUUUAAUAUAAUAAAUUUGCUC